CGGUCGUAAACGGUUCGGUUUUCUUUUGUAUCUGCUGGUGAUCGUUCUGUUAGCCGGUUGUGUUUCCAACAACUGCAACAGCGAGUCGUAGUGUGUUUGUUUAACGUUGCGCGCGCCAACCAAAAGCUUCCUCCUAGGGUGGUUGGCUCGCAUGAAUGCAAUAGUUGUUCGGCGCGUCCUUGACGGUGCUUCGUGUUUAAUAUUCAUGAGUGCAGCAGUUGCAAUUUGAUUGCAUCAGAAGUUCAGUUUCUUGCUUCAUUCGCACAAAAAUAAACAACAUCCAAGUGAAACGGUCAAAAUGGUUAACAAACAAUACAACGUUCACAAUCCGAAGUUGCACAAAUCCGGAGCAGGAGGAGGGCCAAAAAGCUCUCCCCCACCGGCUAUGCGCAACAACUACCCGGAGGUUUCCCGGCAACCGAAUCCACCGGAUCUCGGCAACUCCGGCUCGCUGGAAAACAAUUUGAACCAUAGUGCCGAAAAUAACUUUCAACGUCGCCACCCACGGCAUCAAAUCAUUCAUCAAAACAAUCUGGAUCAAGAAAUGAUGAUAAGACGUCAACGUCAAGCGGCAAACGGUUCCGCCACUCCGCCCUCCGAUGAGGACUUUGGCGAGGACGGCGUCUAUGGACGCAACAUCAGCUACUACAGUGAGAAUCAGCAGCUGCGCAACGAAAGCCCAACUCAGUCCGGAAAUAGCGUCAAAAAUUUGACAAUCAACGACAUUGGCCGAUUUCAGUAUAUUUUGGAGAUGGAUCGUGAAGUGGGCUCCCCGUACAGUGGCUACACCGAGACAGCAUCCCACGAUGAUCAAUCGCCCUCGGGGCCCAACUCUCUGCCCAAUCACCUUCAUCCGUCCACCAACCGUCAGUGUUACAACUUCUGGAAGGUCGGCUCCCAAACCCCGCUGACCGGAAGCUCCUCGAUCAAUACCUUCUUCCGCCCUUCGCCACAUUCCCGCUGCUGCCUGUGGCGGGCCCUGAAGCUGAUGUGGCGCGUGGUCAAGUGGCCGCUGGCCCUCCUGAUGGUGUGCAGUUUGCUAGGUUUAGUCGUUUACUUUUUGGUCGUAGAUAGGGACAUAAUGAGCAGUUCACUGCUCGGCGAAAAUGGCAUCUACAACGUGGAGGAGAACCUAUCGAUAGAUUUUAACGAUUUUACCCACACGAAUGAUCUGGGAAGCGGAGCAGUGACCACAUUUGGGCGGGACCACAAGGACAAGGGCGUCGGAUUCUCCAAAGAUGGUUCCACACCGAAUUCCAAAUUUUCGUUCGGACUCAACAACGACUUGCUAGCAAUUUUUGUGAAGAAAACCGAACAGAACCGGAACGAAGGCUUCUGGACCUCGACGGAACGGGAAAACAUGAGCGAGGAAACUCCGGCCCAGGUUGUAAAGGUCAUUGCAAGUAGCAGCACCACGACUCGGGCCCCAAUUCGCAAAACCAGCACCAUUUCGCUCAAGGAUUACACCAAAAGCCGGGGAAAUUUCGAUGACGACGAGUUCGAGGACAUUGGCGUCCCUUCAAACACCGGGGAACACACAACCCGUGCCAUCGAUGCCAUCUCUCAUGACGAUGACGACCAGGAAGGAACUGACAACCGGAACAGACAACAGGUGGGCUCUAUUGGGGACCAAAAAAGCCUCAAUUCGUUUGGAUUCACCUCAGGUCAUCAGAAUAGCUUUGGCGUUCCUAUCGAGGAUGACGAGCAUCUGUUGAGGAUGUUGAAUGAACAGUUGAUGAAACUAGAGACGCAGAGAGAAAAAAAUCUUACCUCCAUAAGUUCCACCACGGACUCGAGCCUGUACCGGACCAAGGUGUCCCCCACGUUACCCAUUCUGUCCCGGUUCGAAAUAACGACCGAAGGUUUGAAACGUUUCAAUAUUUCCGAAGAAGGUAUCUGCAAGUCCACCUCACUAGGUCUGUGCCGAGGAGUGCUUCCGUACGAUCUAACAAACUCCAAGAAUCCUCGACUAACGGCCGUAGAGUACGAACACUUCCAGUACCUGAUCAACUCCAAGUGCUCGGUGCGGGUGGCCGAAUUUGUGUGCUUGGUGCUGGAACCGGAAUGUCGGCCCACUCGUAUGGGAACACUCACACCGUGCAAACGCAUCUGCAAGUCAAUCCUGGAACCUUGUGCGCACAUCAUCGCCAGCUCCGAAGUCCUGACGGCCACUUUCGACUGUGACAGCUAUCCGGAUUCCAACGAUCGGAACGUGUGCGAGGAUCCAACCCGCCAAAGCAAGUGCUAUGCCAACGAGUUCCAGUGUGCAGAUUCGAGCUGCAUACCUCUGCAGUGGAAGUGCGACAACAUCAAGGACUGCCAAAAUGGAGAGGACGAAUCGGAUUGCAAGUUCUGCGAACGAGAUGAGUAUCGGUGCCUCUCGAACGAUAAAUGUAUACCGGACAAGUGGCGUUGCGAUCAGUACGAAGACUGUCCGGAUGCAUCGGAUGAGCUGGAUUGUUACUACGACGAACAGACGACGUACCCUACGGCCUUUGGCUCGCAACGGGAGUAUCCAUUUGUGCAGGUUCAAGUACCCAACAGUCCUGUGAACGUCAAACCCUACCUGACGAUCACCAACGAGGACCGGGAAAGGAAUCAGCAGAGGAAACAGCAAGAGGAGGAACAGCAACAGCAGCGAAGCUAUGGUGACUACGAAGCUUCACAGGAGGACGAAUACGAACCAACGGCAGCCGAAAACGUUCCACAUGUGAACCGGAGAAAUCGAACAGACACUGUAGAACCGAGAACCACGGAGAGGAUAGAAGAUCAAACGGAAGCCGAAACCACCAGAACGAUAUCGGUGCCAAAAUCAUUGAGUAAUUUCCAAGACAGCAAAGAGAUCAUGAUGACGUCCGAUUCGGAGAACGACUACAAGUACAGCAGUACUAGCAGGGACUUCCUAACUACGGCCCAUGCCUCACCGUGUCCCGAGGGAGAACUUCGAUGCGUUAGCGGAAUUUGCAUUUCAGUCAAUCAACUGUGCGAUAGGGUAGCAGAUUGUCCGGAUGGAGCCGAUGAAGCCAUGUGCGUUUACAAGGAGUAGAUUUUCAACCAUACAUCUUCGAUCCUCACAUUUUGAAUCCUUGAUACUAAGCAAUGAAUAAGAUUGACAUUGACACUUGGAUUUGUCUUCCACCAACCACAUCAUCGAAUUGUCUGCGAAAUCGUACCAUACCGGGAUCAACCCUGCCGCAUGUGUAUUUAUACAGUGAUUUUAUUUGUUAAUUUUGUUGUUACGUUAGUCGGAACACAGGCGUUUUACUUUUAAAGGGAUGCCCUUUAGGGAAGGAGAACUCAAACCACCCGUCCCAAAUCCAUCUUACCAUUUGUUAAAGUUACCAUCCAUGAAGUGUAUUAUUAGAGUUUUAAGUGAAACGAAAAGAAAACCCACUAUCGAUAGGAAAUCUAAACACAAAAAAAAAUCGCUAGACACAUCUUUCCUUCCACUAAGUAGAAACGCAGCUCAGCUGCAGGCAUUAUUGCUGAACAUAUUUCGUAUAGGGGAGCGUCGAAAACGAAUAGUCUACAAAAUGGUGCGUUUUGUAGAACAUAUUUCAAGGCACCGCCGUUUCGGACACUUUGGAAACAUACUCAUAGUAAAAAUGAAAAACGGAUUUAAAUUAAGAUAAACCAUUCAUGAGAAACUGAUUACUCUACUGCAUACUAUAUAGACGGUAUAGUGACAUAACGUUGUAAAUAAGCCAUUGUCUGUCUCUACCACUCAUUUCAUGAUACUUUUGUAAAUGAAUUUAUCAAUAUAUUUUAGAUUAAUUA